AUGAACGACUUGGUGGAAUGCCCCUCGGCUGUCAGCAAAGGCAACGAUGAGAAGAACAGCACUUGUGUAGCUGUGGUUACACCUAGUGGUUUGACGGCGGCGGUGAAAGUUGGCGACUUUGUUUUUCGGAACACACUGACAGGUGGAGUCAUCUUUCCAUGGCGUUACCGGUCGG